AUGACUGACUCUGGAAGGAAUUCUCUUUCCAGUCUUCCUACCUACAGCACGAACUGCAGCCACCAAAUGGAGCCAGUCAGUAUGUCUAUGAGUCACAUCAACCUGGAUAAUCACACGAACAUGAAUGUGUUUUCUGAGCGGACCUCCAGAGCCAGGACUCGUCCAUCGAACUCUGAUAGCGGCCGCUCAUCCUCUAGUAAGAGCACAGGGUCAUUAAGCAGAGGGGGCAACCAGUCAUCAGAUAGUGGGUCUUGUGACCGGUCUCCGAUUAAUGAAGAGAUUCUCAUCAGAGAGCUGGAGGAGAAGCUAAAGGACCGAGAACUGGAACUGCAGCAUCUGAAGGAGAAUCUGGAUGAAAACGAAGCUGCAAUUUGCCAGUCUAUGAAAGAAAAACAGAAGCGUUUUGAGCAGGAGAUGGAAGACCUGCGUCAGAGCUGUGCCCUUAAAAUGAAGCAGGCUUCCCAGAAGGCGCAGAGGAUGCAACAGGUUCUACAACUGCAAAUCUUUCAACUGCAGCAGGAAAAAAAGAAGCUGCAGGAGGACUUUUCCCAGCUUCUGCAGGAGAGGGAGCUCCUGGAGAAACGCUGUGCCUCAUUUGAGAGGGAACAAACGGAGCUUGGUCCACGACUAGAGGAGACUAAGUGGGAGGUUUGUCAGAAAUCUGGCGAAAUAUCUCUUCUUAAACAACAGCUGAAGGAUUCCCAGGCUGAGUUAGGUCAGAAAUCCAAUGAAAUAUUACUGCUUCGUUCCCAGCUGAGAGAAACUCGAUCUGAGCUCCAGGUCAGUGAAGAACAAGUGCAAGAGCUGCAGGACACGUCACAUACAAAGACGCUGGAGCUAGAGGUGUGCGAGAACGAGCUACAACGCAAAAAGAAUGAAGCUGAACUGCUGCGGGAGAAGGCCAGUAAGCUGGACCAAGAGGAGAAAGAAGAUUCAUUCUUGGUUUAUGAAAGCGAUGAGGCCAAAGCACAACGGCAAAAUGCGGACAACCUGCAGGGCUUAAAACAGUACAUGGAACGGCUCAGGGAGGCAUUGGUGAGCGAACGCAGGAGAAACCAAGAACAAAUAGAAAGCUUCGAGGAAGAGCGGCGCAUAUGGCACGAGGAAAAGGAGAAGGUGAUCCGAUAUCAAAAGCAGUUACAACACAACUACAUUCAGAUGUACCAACAGAACCGCGAGCUAGAGAGGGACAUUAAACAGUUGUCACUAGAACUCGAGGCAAGGGAGCUCGAUGAAUUUGACUUACACGGUGCAGAAAUUCAGUUUGAGGAAAUCACAGCCACAGAAAUUUAA